AUGAAGUUCCUCAAGGUCGGCCGUGUCGCCAUCAUCACCCGAGGCCGCUAUGCCGGCAAGAAGCAUCGACACGGACGACGCGAUGCUCGGCUCAAACGACAAAGAUGUUCCUCAACUGCAUCCGGCGCCAGUGUCUUUUUCGCCAAGACGCGCACACACAAUACGGUCCUCGAACAAUCCGGCAACUAUUAUGGCAGCUUCCUCUCAACCAGACCGUUGGACAUUUCUCUUCAAGACCCCCAGUCCUGGCAUAUGGCGCCGCAAAUCUUCCUCCAGGCCGAACCCACGACAGACAGCGCCUACUCACUACUCGAUCCAUGCAUACUAAUCCUCACUCUCCAGGUCGUCAUCAUCCAGCCCGUCGACAACGGCAACAAGCCCCACCCCUUCGGCCACGCCGUCGUCGCCGGCAUCGAGCGCUACCCCUCCAAGAUCACCCGCCGCAUGUCCAAGGCCCGCCAGGAGAAGCGCUCCAAGGUCAAGCCCUUUAUCAAGGUUAUUAAUUAUAACCACCUGAUGCCCACCCGCUACACCCUCGAGCUUGAGGGCCUCAAGGGCUCCGUCACCGCCGACACCUUCAAGGAGGUCUCCCACCGCGAGGACGCCAAGAAGACGGUCAAGAAGGCGCUCGAGGAGCGCUACUCCAGUGGCAAGAACCGCUGGUUCUUCACCCCUCUUAGUACGUUUUUCUUUUUCUUUUGCUCGCUUCGCUCGACGUGGGGGGCUUGGAGAGGAAACAAGGUCAAGGUAGAAUCUUUUGGCUAA